AUGUCGGUGUUCAAUCCAUUAACUAGCGACUAUUCAAGUCAAGUGUUUUCUACGAUCGGAAGAAACUUGUACUUGGAAUCUGAAUUGGCCGAUGUUCACUUUGUGUUCAGAGCAAAUGAUGGAAACGAACGAGUCCCAGCACACAAAUUACUCUUGAUGGCCCACAGCGAUGUUUUUGCCACAAUGUUCAACGGGUCGUGGAAGGAGAUGGAUAUGGUGAAGAUUGGUGAUGUAUCAGCUGCUGCCUUCAAGGAAUUUCUCCAGUUUUUCUAUUUGGGGCAAGUCAAAUUGACGAUGGAAAACGUCGCUGCAGUGAUGAACCUCGGUGAAAUGUACAACGUGCACGAGUGUUCAGCGGUGUGCAGCAAGUUCGUGAAAAAUAAUCUUAACAUUGAUAAUAUUCUUCGGAUCUAUGGAUUAGCAAUCUUGUUGAAUCAGGAGAACUUGAAAAUUGCAUGUAAAAUUUUCAUUGGAUCGAACAUCAAAGCAUUGCUCAAGUCAACAGGCUUCUUGACAUGUGAUCGGAAGGAGCUGGCUACAAUCCUUCAGCUGAAUUGGAUUACAUGCACCGAGGUCGAGCUCUUCGAAGCAUGUAUGUCUUGGGUGAAAGCGGUUAGCAAGCAGGAUGAUCUAACCGAAGAGCUCGUACACGAUCACCUUGGCGACUUGUUCCAUGAAAUUCGCUUCGGUUCGAUGUCGUUACAAUCGUUCGCUGCCUUGAUUCCAAAGUACGGAAACACAUUUUCGUUUCACGAGCAACAAGAGAUCAUUCAAAUGAUCGCGGACCCAUCAUUCCAUCCAACAAUGUUCGUUGGAAACCGUACGAAACGAUGUAGUUCCGCGGAAGGAUGUAGUGCAAGUAUGGAUAUUCAUUGUGAACGAUUAAUUUCUCAGUCUGGUUCACUUAUGCCAUAUGAAAUCAAGAACUUAGAGACAACCGUCUUCUCAACCAACGAACCUGUUUUACUUCGUGCGAUCGGUUGUGGAAUGGUGGGAAUUUUUACCCAGAAUAACUACUCGGUACUUGAAAAAGAUGGCGUUCCAACAAAUAUAACGCUCGUAGAAGUGAGCGACCUGAAUGAUGAAGUUAUUCUUUACAAUGCAAAUGAUGUUCUAAAUUCUGCAGAAGAUUUGCGAAUAUUUCUCACUAAACCGGUCAUUGUUCGACCCGGAUUUACGUAUGAAAUUCGACUGGAACAAACCUUACCAAAAAGCUGUUGCACGAUGGAUUUAUUGAAGUCAAGAGUUGAAUUGAAAUCCGGCAUAGUUAUCCAGUUCCAUCGCGAGACCACUCUUGAAGAUGAUCCGACGAUAGCAAGAGGUUUAAUUUUUGAAUUGAUCUUCCAAAGAAUUGAUGAUAAUGUUUAUUGUAAUUUUCUUUAA